AUGGGGCGUGCCAACACCUCCCACGUGCAAGUGUGCAUUUCCAUUCCUCGUCUGACAUACCCAUUUGGCAUGCUGAGUAGACUCAAGAAUAGCGACGCUUUGAGCAGCCCAUCAGCAUCUAAACUACCAAUUUCUACCCUGACCCUACAACCCUCAGCAAAAAAAUCCUUUGAUCCCGACCGAUGUUAUGACUGGUUCAAGACGUACACAGACCGAGGCCUAACCACCAAUGUCACGGUUCUUUUAAAAUACGACAUUGAAGGCCUUGACGAAGAUUUCGAUACGGAUCAAAUUGGACCUAACGGUAUUGCAAAGCUUUGUGAGGACAUUGGUGUCUCAUUGGAAGCUGUCGACAUGUUGGUCCUGGCGUACCAUUUGGAAGCUGACACGAUGCAGAAGUUGAAGGCAGCGAUGCCUGGUCUGGUGGCCAAGCUGAGAGAUCCUCAACAAUUCAAGGAGUUUUAUCGUUACGUCUUUAUGUUUGCUAAAGACUCUGAACAAAAGUGUAUGCCGUUGGAGACUGCAUGUGCGAUGCUUCAGACCGUGUUGAAGGGAAGACCUCACGAGAAGCGUUUCGUGGAAUUCUUGGAGGCAAAGGAACCGGUCAAAGUUAUCAACAAAGACCAGUGGUACAAUUUUCUGGACUUUUCGGACUCCAUAACUGAGGACCUCGCCAAUUACGACGGUGCCAGUUCGGCGUGGCCUGUCCUUUUGGAUGAAUAUGUCGAAUGGCGGAAUGAAGAGUCUUCUUGA